AGAGAGCUAGCUACUUGGACAGUAACUCGUGUCACAUUACAAUAUGCGGUUAUAACUAGUUAGUUAUAACUUGGUAGUGUUACAAAUAUAAUGUAACUAAUAAUUUCGAGAACCAUUAUCAACAGCAAAAAACUAGUUUGAGUGUAAUCUUAUUGUACCUACUCUACCCGUUUGUACUUAUAAUGUUUUACUUAAAUAGCUGUUGUAAACAAGAACGUGUGUAUUUAAUUUAAGAGGUCAGGAAUAUAAUUAGUCGAUCGCGAAUUUGGAAGAUGAUAAAAUAUUUCCUUUAUUUUUUUCUCGGCUUCAAAGCCGCAUCAAGCUUUCCUUUACCGACGAACAACACACAAUGUUACAUAAACAAUCCCGCGGUGCAAAGGUUUCGAGAGUAUGUUCAAAUUGAUACGAGCAAACCUGAAAACUUAGAAAAAGCGGUGGCAUUCUGGAGUAGACAAGCGGUUGAAUUGGGGCUAGUGUUCGAGGUGCACCGGUCAGAAGGGCUGCCGAUAGGUGUGAUGACGUGGCCGGGCGUUGACCCCAGCCUGCCCAGCAUCAUGCUCAACUCUCACAUGGACGUCGUGCCUGUUGAUGAGGAAUUUUGGAAGUAUCCGCCGUACUCUGCUCAUAUGGAAGACAACGGUAACAUAUACGGACGAGGCACCCAAGAUUGUAAAGACGUCACCAUACAAUAUGUGGAAGCCAUCAGAAGGCUUAAAAAUAAUAAUGUCACAUUAAAACGCACUGUUCACGUUACUUUAAUGCCUGACGAAGAAACUGGUGGUUUUAAUGGCAUGGCGAAAUUUGUGAAGAGGAUAGAAUUCAAACAGUUGAAUGUUGGUUUCGCAUUCGACGAAGGUCUCGCAUCUCCGGACGAAAACAUGUUGUUAACUUACCAGGACAAGAGACCAUGGCAAAUCAAAAUCACGGUUAAAGGACUUGGAGGCCACGGUUCAUCUCUAUCUGACGGCUCUGCUGUACAAAAGUUACAAAGAAUAAUGGACGCGAUUGGUAAAUACAGGGACAGUCAGAAGAAAAUAUCGAAUGAACAAAGUAUUCCUGACGCUGGAGCUUAUGACAGUGUGAAUAUUAACAUCAUUAAAACUGGAAUAGCAGAAAAUGUCAUGCCCGAGAAAGGAUAUUUGGUCGUCGAUAUCAGAUUGGCAGUUUCGAAAUCCGUUGAUGAAAUGCAACAAUUGGUGGAUUCCUGGAUUGCAGAGGGUGGAAAUGGAACCGAAGCGAAGUAUCUACGUCGUGUUGAAGUAUCCGAUGCGACGCCGACCGACCUCUCCCGCCCCUAUAUGCAAGCUAUACAAGAGGCAGCGAAAGAAAUGAAUAUAUCAAUCGUACCUGUAUUAUGUCCAGCGGCGUCAGACAUGAUCAUUUUACGCAGUUUAGGCAUACCAGCUUUAGGAUUCGCGCCUAAAACGUAUACGCCUUCUCGAAUACACACUUCAAACGAAUAUCUAAACGCGGGUACUCUUCUUAGAGGCAUCGACGUUUAUGUCAACUUGCUUCAGAAGCUUGGUAACUUAAAUAAGUUAUAAUAUCUGUAUUUUAAAUACGAGUAAUUUACGAUCAAAAGUUUUCUUGACUAAUUUAAAUCUUUUGAUUCUAUAUGAAACAAAAAUUUAAUGCUAAUUAAAACAACAUUAUUAUACUUAUGUAAUACAUGAACAUUUUAUUA